AUGGAGCCAAAUAUUCAUUGUCUCUUUGAUGCUCUGAAACCUAAAUAUUUUGAUACAAUUGUUGCUGCAACAAAAGCAGUGGCAAAAUAUGACGUAGAAAAGGAUAAAUUUGAAUCACCAACCUACGCUAUGAAUAUGGGCACGAAUCUGAAGCAAUGUGCGGAGAUAGCUAUUAUAUUUGCUCUGAAAAGGAAACAAAUCGCCUUAACAGUUUCAUCUGCUGAAGCAGAGGCAGAUUUAAAAACUUUGAUAAAAGUCAUUGAGUCACAAUGGCAAUAUGAGAUUUCUAGCCAGGCCGCCAGUGAUAUAAAUAUUAACAAGUGGAAUAAAGUUACCCUAGUGCCACUUGCCAGUGACUUAAAACUGUUAAAGGAAUUUUUGAUAACGACGGCAAAUUCUGCCGCAACUGCACUUCAGAACGACGGCGACGGGGACGUUAGCCAAUACGUACUUCUUUUGGAGUCUAUAUUCUGCCGUGUGAUUUUACUUAACCGAAGACGUCCAGGUGAACUGCAAAGACUGACACUGGAUAAUUAUCAAAUAUUGGAGAAAAGCGAUUCCAGCUCAAAUUAUGAAGAGUUCUCCGAGGUUGUUUCUCCAACUGAACAAAUUCUACUCAAAAGAUUUAAAAGGAUAGUAAUAAGAGGUAAAAGGGGACGAGGAGUACCGGUUCUUUUUAGUCCCGACAUUCAAGGACACAUAAAUAUUUUAAUUAAAAUACGCAACAAAUUUGUUAGUGAAAAAACCCAUUCCUAUUCGGUAAUGCUAAAUCAAAUGAACCUAUAUGUGGUUAUAAGGUUCUGA